AUGGCCGUCGCCGGCGCGCGGGCCUGCCUGCUCAUCCCCUCCUGCGAGCGUAACGGGGAGCGUAACGGGAGGGGUGCGAGCAAUGUCCCUGUCUUCCUCCUUGGCCUGCCUGCUCCUCUGUUUCCCGCCGACAGCGCCACGCCGCCCGCCGCCGCGCUGGACCGGCCGCAGGCCAACUCCGACUUCGCCUUUGCUUCGCGCUGGCACCUACGCGUCGCCCCGGAGCCGCCCCACCGCCCUCCUUCCUCGCGCUGGUGCUCCCAGGCCGUGCCACGCACCCUCGCCGCUUCCAGAGCCGCCGUACCGCCGCCACCUCAACGCCGCGGUGGCGAGCCCGCUGCAGUACCCCAGACCACCAAUUCGCGCGCGCUUGAGAACCCAGAGCACCGCAACCUUCUUUUCCCCCACUCCUUUGCCCGCUCGCUGCUCCGAAAACCCCAGAACGCUGCUGCCCCCUCCGUGGUUGCCGGCGAGCUCCGCUCGGCCGCCGCCGACCCCCUUCCACCCUCACCUGGCUCAAACCCGAGGCACCACGAGCUUCGCCUCGCUCCACUGAAGCUCCUAGGUCCGGCUUCUCCUCCCAAUCGCCACCAGAGCGCCGCCGCCAUCUACUUGAACGCCGGCAAGCAAGCCGCCGCCGCGAACCCACCAUUUCAGACCCGAUCCGCCCCCACAGACCCCGCCAUUAGCACCACACGAGUCCCUGUCUUCCUCCUUGGCCUGCCUGCUCCUCUGUUUCCCGCCGACAGCGCCACGCCGCCCGCCGCCGCGCUGGACCGGCCGCAGGCCAACUCCGACUUCGCCUUUGCUUCGCGCUGGCACCUACGCGUCGCCCCGGAGCCGCCCCACCGCCCUCCUUCCUCGCGCUGGUGCUCCCAGGCCGUGCCACGCACCCUCGCCGCUUCCAGAGCCGCCGUGCCGCCGCCACCUCAACGCCGCGGUGGCGAGCCCGCUGCAUGGAGGUCGGGUAAGUCUUCCUCCUACCUGCCCUACACCCCGAUGGACACAAACCGGGAGUGGCAUGAGGAGUGGUUCUACACCCGGAACCCGUGCAAGAGGGAAGAGGCGUUCCCGGCGUUCAACGAGAAACUUCCCUAG